CCUAAUACACCAGUAGAUAUUACUAGUGCAAACACAACUAACUUAAAGGCUAGCAUAAUGAUUAUAAAUUAAAAUUUAUAAUACACAACAACACACCACGCCCGCGCUUGGUAAAUUAAUGAAGAUGAGUCUAUAGUAGCCUGCUUAAGAUGGAAUGUUUCGGCGAUUUUCGCCUACACACUAGUCCAACCAGACAAGUCGGAUUAAUUAUAAAUUUGAAUAAAGAAGAUUUUUUUUAUGAAUAUAAAUACGGAAUGACAUCAGUAUUUGCAUAGACACGGAAACGGACAUUCAAUAGACUCAUUUUAUUACAACAAUAAAGAUUUAUUCUUUAAUUAACUGUUUUUGUUAUUUGACUCAAGUAAUAUUAAUAUUUUGGGAGUUAAGCUUAAGCUAAAGACGACCGCUUUUCCAUACAAACGUAGUCCCCAUUUUCGUCCCUAGGGUAUUGAUAUAAUAGAAAACAUUUUUACAGAAUUGAAUGUAUAUUGACCAUAGGUAACUUUGGGUACAUACUCUAAUAAUAAUCUUCUCAUCCUUCCAUAAUGUUCCAGAUUGAACAGAUGUUAAUAUAACGUAAGAGAGGUCUACGUUUUCAUGGAGGACCGGUAGUUCCCUUUCCUCUUGAACAAUGUUCUGUUUCAUAAAGGCUAGAAACUUUAUCCAGAAAAUGAGUAUUUAUAAAGUUAAAAAGAGGCUUCCGUUUAUAUUAAUAUACAAGCAUUCAUAAAAAAGGGUCCUGCCAGCCUAGCCAAGGUGACAAUUGCUAUCGCUUCGACAACCAAGCGCUUUCUGUCUCUCUAUCACUCUUCUAUAUUAGCGCGACAGUUGCGUUUCGAUCGCUACGGAGCGUAAGCGAUUUGCUUGUUGGCUACGCGGCUUAGGCGUAGGAUGUUAUUAAGUCACACAUUAUCUGGCAUUCUGGCAAAUGCGCUCUCAUUACUAGUUUUGAUUAUCGCAUUAAUAUUUUUUUUAUGGUAGAGGAGGCAAACGAGCAGACGGAUCACCUGAUGGUAAGCGAUUACCGCCGCCCACGGACACCUGCAACACCAGAUGGGUUGCAAGUGCGUUGCCGGUCUUAAACAAAACCCAUAAUAAAAUUUUCCCAAUAAUUCUACACAGUCACUACGAAUGCGGAGAAAUAACCAAAAAUGGGUCAUCAUCAGCAAGACAUUGAUUCUUAAAAAUAUGAAUGGACCUAUUUACUAUUGAACUUGAUGGAUACAUAAUACCUAACAACUGGUUAUAAACAAUGAUAAGAAUUACACUCAAAUAUACUGAAAAACAAGUAUUUUAUGACAUCUUAACCUGUCACGCCGUACAAUACACGCUAAUUAUUAUGAACGUUGCGUGUGGCCCACUUAGUUUCUGACGACACAUGUUAAAACGCAGUAAGUAGUAACACAUUGUAUACGGGAAAAACACUUUUUGCAUCGGGAUGACAAUGUCAUGUAUUAGUGUUGGAAGUAUAAUAAAUCUGAGGCGGAGAACAAAUUUGAAAAUAAUACGCGUAAAGAUUUAUGCUGCAUUUCACCUUUCUGUUCGUCUGUUAUGUGUCUAUUACAACAAUGAAACAUAGGUUCGGAACUGUAGCCCGUAUAUAUGCUAUGCUUGUCUGUGUACAAACGGUAAGCAUAUACGCGGCUAUGUGUCAUAGUAAAUGUGUGAGAUAAAUGGCUACAGAUUUAAAUAUAACGUGUAUUUAUGUUCAUCAGUGGGGCUUAAAAAGAAUUAAGCAUUUCACACAUCUUACUUAAUUCAGUAACUGACGACAAGGAUGCAGCUAUACGUUAGACAAUGUCUAAUAGACAUGGUAGAGUAGAGAUAUCUGCAUCUCACUCAGUCGUUAGUCACAGAAUUAAAUAAGGUGUGUGAAGCAUUUUUAACAGUUUGUUUUUUAAAGUACACAACUCACGGUGAUUACAAUUUUAAAACAGUUGUGUUUUCCAUGAUCACCUUAGUCUCUUGUAAUUUCUAGGAAUUGCUACUAAGUACGGUGUGUUUUCAGCGAGCCAAUAAACCUUGUUAAUCACGCAGGAUCGUCACCUUUGUUGACACCUCGACGAUUGUGCAAUUUUUCGAAGAACACAUCAGUCAAGCGCUAAGGCUGAAGUAUUUAGCGUACGUUUAGGAAUCACCGGAAAGCGGGGGGAGGGUAGUGUAAAUAGAUGAGCCUUACAUAUAGGUGGCGAAGGAGUCUGGAGUAUCAUUCAUCAGUGAGUUGAAGUGAGUGAGGUAAAAUGUAUUCUAAACUGGUUUUCGUGUGUUUGGCGGUGGCUAGCGUGAGGGCUGCGCCUGCGGCGACUGAUGUCGUGCCGCUGGAGAAGCAGCAGCCUACAGUCAUUCCUAUAGUUUCACAGUCGGAAGAGUUAGAAAAUAAUGGAACGUAUAAAUUCAGUUACGAAACUGGCAACGGGAUUAAGCGCGAAGAAACUUCCUACGACAAAGUUCUCCCGAAAGUACAGGGUCGGUCAGCGGCGGGGGACAGCAAUGAGGGCGGCGAGAGCGAGGAGAGCAACGAGGUGCACGUGCAGCAAGGAUCCUACUCCUACACCGCGCCUGAUGGCACUGUCAUCAGUGUCAGGUACAUUGCUGAUGAAAAUGGCUUCAGACCAAUUGGCGAUCACAUUCCCCCAUCGAUCGUAGCCGCGGCCGCAGCAGCCGGUUCUUCAGCUGAAAAAUUAAAUGCGGCUGACAGUGCUAACUCCGCAUCGGCGCCUAAGCCUGCAGCGGCCCCCGCCCCUAAGGCUGCUGCAACCCCGGCACCUAAGGAUGCUGCGACAUCCUCUCAACCGGCACCUGAACAAAAGAGCGAGAAACAAGAAGCAGCUCCUGCGUCUGCUCCAGUAGAAGCUUCAACCACUGAAGCCGUCAAGACAACAGAAAGCACAGCAUCUGCUGAAAAUGCCAGUGAAACCUCGCCUAGCACAACUGAAGCAAGCACUACUAGUGCUAGUAGAGAGGCCUCAGAUGCUAGUGAAGCAAGCACGCCGGCUGAAGCAACAACUAAGUCUGCUGAAGCUGCCACCCCAGCUACUUCAGAAGAGCCAGCUUCUACUAGCGCAGAUGCAUCUACCACUGAAGCUGCCUCUACCACUGAAGCUGUUACUACCACUGCUGCCUCUAGCUCUGCUGCCUAAGCCUAUACAAACACAUUUUUUAUACUAAAUGACACGCUUCAAACGGAGAUCGAUAUGUUUAUUUUGGAUGUGGUUUAAAAUGCUAGAAAUGUGUAAAUGAACGGGUUGAAUAAUAUGGUAAGCUUUUUUAGAAUUGUACAAAUUAAAAACCUACCACAAUCCCUUAUGACAUUAAGAAACGAUAUCAUCAUUUGUCGUAUGAGUAGAAUAUUGUAAGAUGAAUACUGUGGAAUGAUCUAAUAUGUUUCAAAGCAUUACCAAAAAUU